CAUUCCGGUCUGAGGAGCCUCUGGUCCUGAUCUACAAAGCUGCUGCUGUAACCGGAUUGAUCCUGCAGAGGACAGUCCGAGCCGAGUCGGACCGACCCGGACCGACCCGGACCCUACCGAGCCCCUCCGCAGACGAGACAGGCUGCUUCAUCUCCUGCGGAGCCGGAGUCUUCCUCCCGGACAAUCUGACCCAGGAUCAGUGAUGAAGGCCCGCCUCUCAGUGUUUGAGUGACAUCGACAGGGACUCGAACCCGCGAGGUGGAUCCAAUAUGGCCGCUGUGGGUGGAGCUUCAUUAACAGUGUGUCUGUGUGUCCUGCUGCUGCCUGCUGCCACUGGUCUACAAUCAGAGGACAGACAGUGUGCCUUCAGUGACCAGCUCCAGGGGGCGGAGCCUCACAGCGGACCGACCAAUGAGCUCCGAGGAGUGGUGCGAGAAAACGGGACGGUGCGCUGCAUCCGUGGCUCCAGCUGCUAUGGAUUGUGGGAAAAUAAACCAGAUGGGGAAAUACAUCUGGUCAAGCAAGGCUGCUGGACUCACAUCGGCAACCAGCAGGAGUGUCAUGGCGCCCGCUGCCUGGUGACGGCGACGCCCACUCAGAUGCAGAGCGGCAGCUACAGGUUCUGCUGCUGCAGCCGAGACCUCUGCAACGCCAACUUCACGGAGGCUCCGCCCACCGACGACACGCCCGCCCUGAGCCCGGUGAAGACGGGCGGGCAGGGCGUCAGACAGACAGAUCACCAGCCGCUGCGGCAAGAGGACAUGGUGCUCAUCGCCCUGGCAACCGUCGCCAUAGCAGCCGUCGUUAUUGUGGCGUUGUUCCUUGGAUACCGCAUGAUGAAAGGUAAGCAGAAACUCAGCCUGUCGGCUCUGGAUGUGAUGGAGACGGCAAACACAGAUACUGUUGACCUGGAUCACCUGAAGCUACUGGAGCUGAUUGGUCGAGGCCGUUAUGGCACCGUGUUCCGUGGUCGUCUUAACGAUCGCUGCGUCGCCGUCAAACUCUUCAGCGCCGCCGACCGUCUGAACUUCUUCAGCGAGCGCUCCAUCUACUCGCUGCUGCUGCAGCAUGACAACAUCGCCCGUUUCCUGAGCGCCGACGAGAGGACGGCGGCCGACGGGCGGCCGGAGUACCUCAUCCUCAUGGAGUACUACCCACUGGGCUGUCUGUCUCGCUACCUGUCUGUCCACACAGUGGACUGGUCUACCUGCUGCAGGAUGACUCACGGUGUGACCAGAGGACUCGCCUUUCUGCACACUGAACUCUACAGAGGAGACCAGUACAAACCGGCGGUGGCCCACCGAGACGUGACCAGUAGGAACGUGCUGGUUCGGGCCGACCUGUCCUGCGUCCUCGCCGACUUCGGUCUGUCCAUGAGGCUGACAGGAAGCCGUCGGCCCGGAGACGACGACACCGCCUCCAUCUCCGAGGUGGGCACCGUGCGCUACAUGGCUCCGGAGGUUCUGGGUGGAGCUCUGAACCUCCGGGACUGCGAGUCGGCGCUGAAGCAGGUGGACGUCUACGCUCUGGGGCUCCUCUACUGGGAGAGCUUCAGGAGGUGCUCACACCUGUCCCCAGGUGGAGCAGUACCUGAGCACCAGCUGGCCUUUCAGGCGGAGCUGGGGAACCAUCCCAGUUUUGAGGACAUGCAGGUCCUCGUCUCCAGAGACAAGUUCAGACCCAGAUUCCCUGAAAGCUGGAAGGAGAACAGUCUGGCUCUGCGCUCCCUGAAGGAGACGAUGGAGGACUGUUGGGAUCAGGACGCUGAAGCUCGACUCACCGCUCAGUGUGCAGAGGAGAGACUGUGGGACCUCUCACUGCUGACUACACACAGCCACAGGUACACACACACACACACACUCACACACACACACCCUAAUAACGACCUCAUGCCUGGUCCCUCUCUCAGGAACCCGUCUCAGGGCCACUGGCCUCCUCAGGAGGACCUCCAGGUGGGCGUGGUCAAGAACCUCCAGGGAGACGGAGGACCAGCAGAAAGUUCUGAGAGAAAUAGAAACUCCAUCAACUACGAGCGGCAGCAGGUCCAGGUCCGCUCGUCCACCAAUGUGACACCCCCCUCCACCCUCUGCAACAUCUCUGAGUCCGGUGUCCCUGUGUCCACUGCCCCUGUCUGUUUGCAGCUGACAGAAGAAGACCUGGAGGCCAUCAAACUGGACCCCAAUGAGGUUGAGAAGAACUUGAGAGAAAGUUCUGAUGAAAACUUGAUGGAACAUUCCCAGAAACAGUUUGGUUCUCCAGAGCAUCGGGCGGCCAGCCAUCAGAUCCUCCAGACGGAGGUCCACAGCUCUGUGCUGGCUGUUCAGGGCGAUCAGGGGGUCGUCGGCCAGGUCGACACCCCUCCGUCCUCCUCUGGUCACCCCCUCCCCAAACAGCAGAACCUGCCCCAGAGGCCCACCAGUCUCCACCUUCUCCACAAAACCAAGGACAGUAGCUCUCGACUGAAGCUGGGGAAGCUCAAGUCAAACCACAGACAGGUGGAGACAGGUGUUGCUAAGAUGAACACGGUAACAGUGGCCCUGGCUGCAGAGCCCCACCAGGUAAUGACAGUGACCAACAACACCAGCAGCACCAGAGGUGGCGAAACUUGUGGUCGAGCCCCGUUUAAGUUUGUGGUCGCCAAGAGCUCCAGCGCCAGUGUUCCCGCCCUGGUGACCAACGGGGUGACAGGAGGAGGCCAAACCAAUCCGGCGGGACCACAGCUGGAGGACGAGGACAAGAUGGAGGGGGUGGGGCUCGCAGGACAGGAUGACCGAUGCAUGAACCUCCUCAACUCCAGUCCAGAUGAGCAUGAACCGCUGCUGAAGAGAGAACAGCCGCCAGCAGAGAGCGAGCCCCUUCCUCCUCUGCAUCAUCACCGUCAGUCACAAGCUGGCAACAUCGGGUCGGGAAAAGGCUCAAACUACAACAACAACAACAACAACAGGUCGACGUUGGGAUCAAAGUGGAAGAUCCAGGGCUUAAAGGUUGAACCUGGUUCAGAAGUCCGUCAGGAUAGGAGCAUCACCAGUUCAAAACCUGAGCCACAUCCGGCAAGACGAGCUCCAUCGGACCGGGACCCAGCACCACAGGAUAGAGGGUACGGUUCAGACCUGUUUGUCAAGAGAGCCUGUUUAGUAGAACCAGUACUGACCUCUGAAUCCGCCAGAAGUCCAAAGAUGGUCCACUCUCUUGCCACGGCACUGGUACCAGACCAUCCAGUUUCACUGCCAGUCCCAGAGGGCCUGGGAUCCCCAGCUUCACAUGUGAAAGACCCGAACACCUCAAACUCAUAUUCAACAGCCCGAGUUUCAGAUGCCCUAACUCUUGGUCCAGAAAAACAAGCUUUUAAACCUUCAGACUCAGAUCCGACUCAAUCUCCAAUCGGGAAUCCAAAAGCUUCAGUUUCAGAGGUUCAAGUCUCAGCAAAUCAACAUUCAGGAACCCCAGCAGAGGCUUCAGCUCUAGAACCUGGACCUCUAGAAAUUCCAGCCUUAGUUCCAAGAACUCAAGGUGUGCUACAGAUCCAGGUAGGACCGGCCAGAGCCAAGCGGCGUGAGCGUCCCUGCUCUCUGGACCUGUCCUCGUCCUGCAUCUCCUCAGAGGAUGUUUCCCUGACAGAUAAUCACAGUCUGAGCGUUUCAGGAGAGAAAAUAAAACGACGCAUCAAGACUCCAUACACCCUGAAAAAAUGGCGUCCGGCCUCAUUGGUCGUUUCCACGGACACAGCUAUGGACCCAGACUUCAGGUUUAACACCCGUGUCGGUAGCAGCAGCCAGACCCAUUUACCUUCCGGUCUUCAUCGAGCAGGAAGCAUCGGCUUCCCCAAAAUCAAUCAGUCCAAAUCCAGCAUGGCUGUGUUUCUGGUCGGCGGUGGAGCCACGGCGACCGCGACCUCCGAGCCCGAUGGAGUGACCUCCUUCUAAAGUUUGAUUAAAGCGGAACAGAUUAUUUUUCCCCCCCAAUUCUUUGUCUUCCAUCUCUUUCGUUGUGGAAAAUGGAGUUCUGACUGCCGAACCAUUCGGCUUCCCCCGGCACCAGAGCUGAAUCUGAAGCGCGGGGCGUCAAACGGAGGAGCUACUCGGAUGUCUUGUUGUUUCUACAUGUCCUUGAUUCUGCUAGACACCUUUUUGAAGGACUGUUGCUGAGUGGCCCAGUGACCGCUUGACCUCUGACCCCGUCUGUGGAGCAUGAACGCCCAUGAGGACCACAGUCAUGAGGGAUUCCCUAACUUCUAGAUGAUUGGCUUCUGUUGCGAAUGGUCUCUUGGCUAAUGGGCGUGGCCAAUUAUGUACAGGUAAGACCUGGGCAACAGGUUUACCCAGAAGGCCAAUAAAGAACGCUCAAACUCCUACAUGGGUGUUGUGUUUGGUAGGGAGGUUAAAAAUACCCCACAAUCCCUUCCAGUCUUACUUGUAGACGGAUCCCGUUGUGCUUUUGGGUAUGGCCGUGAUCUAAAGACCUCAACAUGCUUCAGGUUACUGGUGAAGGAAGCUGGUUCCCGGUAGAUAUUUGGGCUCCUGCUGCGAUUCAGUUUGUGGCUUGUUGAAGGUUCCAGAGGAUUGGGCCGGUUAUAUAUUUAAAACACUUAAAAACAAAGGUUGCAUUCUUCAGAGACCGAAAUAACAGGGACGGCUGAUUAGGAAUCGCUUUUGCCUGAAACCUUUCCUCUAUGCAGUCGUCUCACGAGGCCUCGUGGAUCAGCACAUUGACCACACGAUUGUUGAAGGAUCUUUAUUCUCUAGUUUGCACUUUUAACAAGUUAUUUAACCGCCAAGUGAGAGCUAGAGGGAGAGAGAGGAAGAGAUGAGCCUCGUCCAACCUCCUCAGGAACCUUCACAGUUCUCACUAAAACUAUGGAAACAGGUCAGAAUGAGAACGGCGGUUGGGCCGACUGAUGGAAUACGCCUUCAAACGCCCCCGAAGCGGUCUUAUACAUGUACCUUAUGUACAUGUACUAUGUAUACAUGUACAUGUACACAUGUUGUAUUGUCUUCGUCACCAAUCACAGAAUCAGCUUUGGCUCUGAUCCGCUCAGCGUUCUGACCCGGUCCGGUAAAUCCUUCAUCUUUAAAUGAUCCAACAAGUGGAGCGCUGUUUGAAAAGUGGAUCUAUGAGAUGUAUAACAACGGUAUUAUUAUUCAUAAAUGCGUUCAGUAGCACAUGUCAGGUCUGUUUUAAUGAGUUUAAUGAACCAUGUUUAAAAGACAGAACCAGUCACUCCAUGUUCUGCAUGUUUUGAAAAGGCGGAUGUACGCGACACACCUCUGACUGCUCCUUCAAUUACAAUAAUUAUCCUUAUUAACAUUUAGAGAAUAUAACACUUCUGUAUCAGAUCUGUAUUUUAUUUUCAUGUUUAUUAUUAGUUUCAUCAAGAUAAAUAUAAUCGUACUGUUAUUUUACAUUCAGCGGACUUCAAGGUUUAAAAUGUAUUUCAUUUGUUAUUUUUCGAUUUUCUACCAUUUGUACUAUUUUUAGAUUUGUACAGAUGAGAAUUAUUAGUUUUAAAUGUAAAUGUGGGAAGGCUGAGGCGUGUGGUUCAGCUGGUCCUGGUGUAGCUGGACCUGGUUCAGCUGGUGUAGCUGGACCUGGUUCAGCUGGUCCUGGUGUAGCUGGACCUGGUGUAACUGGACCUUGUGCAGCUGUUCCUGGUGUAGCUGGUCUUGGUUCAGCUGAUCCUGGUUCAGCUGGACCUGUGUGUAGCUAGUCCUGGUGUAGCUGGUUCUGGUUCAGCUGGUCCUGGUUCAGCUGAUCCUGGUGUAGCUGGACCUUAUAAUCUGAUCUCAGAACCGGCCUUCAGCUUCCCUUGAAGUGGUCUUCGCUUUAGCUCCAAACCCAGACCUGUAAUGAGUGAACCCCGGGCCUCCAGCUCGCUGACGAUCCCUUUAAAGUCCCUCCAUCGUUCCCAUAGAGCUCAAUGGAGAGAAACAACGUUCAGCGUCCUGCAUGAAAGAUUCGUCUGAUGAUGUCUGACGAGUCUCCAGCGAUCUGAGUGCCCGUGUAAUAUUUCAGAUGCAGCAUAUUGGUGAUUAUUGUGUCUGCUGUUGGAUCUGCUGUGUAUGUCUUUUGUUAUCCAUUUGUAAAAUGGAUACGAUAGUUUUGACUUUCCAGUGGUGUAAAUACGCUAUUACAUUAUUACACAUUGUAUACUUUCAUAUGGGACCAAGUGCCACCUCUAGUACUACUGUUGUGUUCUGUGUACUCCUAAAGUAUGUCGUACAGUCAGACACAUGCUGUAAACACAAAUGCUGAAUAAAGAGCAGAGGACCCACAGUGUAUCAUCAUUAUGAGAAGCUGCUGUAAACCAUAUAUAUAUAUAUAUGAAGAAAAAAAAUGUUGCUCUCAAAAUAAAAAAUACUCUCAAAAUAAAAAGCUAUGAACUGAGUUUGGGUAUAGUGGGCAGAGCUUACGCUGUGAUUACAUGCACGCAGAAAGUGGGGCUGCCUCCAUGUCACUCUUUAAAAAAAGAGACUCCAUGGCACGAACAAAUUGUAAAAAAAGUGAAGUUGUGCUUCAUUUAAAAUACUUGACAAAACAGAGCAAUAUGAUAUCAACUUACCUCCAUGUCCUCCGCACCGCAACCUCCCGUUAGCGUCGCGUGCCAAGAGCCCAGCCGAAUCCAACAAUAGGAACUCCUCGCUCAUUCAGCAGCGUAGGCCCCGCCCACUACGGUCAAACUCAACUCGUAGCUUUUUCGUUUUGGGCGCGAAGUGUUUAAAAAAAAUA